AUGUCGUCGUCAGUGGCGGUCGCGGCUGCCCCAUUGCAAUUUCAUGACUACUUGCAGUUCCCAAUCAAUGAUACAAAACCACCAAUACCGGACUUCUCGAAAUUUAGAAAUUUACGAGGGAAAAGUGUGUAUGCUGAAUCUCGAAAAACAUUUGAGGUUUAUGCCGACCCGCCAUCAGAAGGAGCCCAUUUUGCCGAGGGGGAUUGUUAUCCACGGCUUGACUCUGACUCACCAACAUUAGUCGCGCGAACCGUUCGACGCCGGUCCAGGAGUGUGACUUCAUUAUUAACUUUAUCGCGCGAACGAAAACUUAUUGAGCCGGUGGUGGUCCCAGCGCUGCCGUCCCCUUCAGUCUCGGUUUCAGUUGGCAAUCGCGGAGUCGAAUUCUUGAAAGGUCUCGCGGGGAGCGUUACAGGGGUCAUUGGUAGCCGCUCUCCACGAAUUGCGCCGGCCAGCGCUGCUAAUGGCAAUGGGCCCAAUAGGCACCGUCAGGAUUCGCUGUGCUCUGUGCCUUCGAUCAUUCGCUCCCCGGUUCCGUCAGCACUGGUGUCGCCGUGUGCACAAAGCUUCGUUGGCGCAUCAGGCAAUUUAAACUUAGCUUCAGCAGAGUCUCAGACCGCGCCGUCGCCCGCUGUCCCACCCGGCCCCAGUAGCCCCCUGGCAAGUCCGUUAUAUGUUCUAACGCCUAAAACUACGAAUAUCCUACCAUUCUUUUCGAACUUAGCUCCGAAACCUCUAACUCUACGAUCACCAAAUUUGAACCAAGAGUUCUCACGCAGCACUGCGCGUCUUACUGGCCGUGACCGCAGCCGCAGCCGCAGCCGCAGUCGAAGUCGAAGUCGAAGUCGAAGUCGCAGCCGAAGUCGUCCCCGGGGCCCAGACUUGUUCAAACCCCUUCCACCGACAUAUGCUUUUGAUCUGCCAGCUCCAGAAUCACCUAUACUUCGUACCGUGCCGUCUGCGAGCGAUAUUGCCAGAUUUAAACGUCGCAAUCUACAUGCCUUGCGUAUCAAUACUGAAACUGCCGAACGCGCUGCAAACAUUGAACGAGAGGACCUUGAGCGCGAGGAAGACGAGGCUGAACGCCUAGCCGCCCGUCUUGAGGCUGAGACUGAUCGCAUCCUCGCCGAGCAGAAGAAACGCGACCUAGCCCGCCGCCGAGCGCAACUGCCGACUCCAUCCCCCAAAUUUCCACGAUUUCUUGUUCUUGACAAGUUUUCAUUUCUCUAUCGCACCCGGCGAUCGAAUGCUUUGACAAGCCAAGCCGACACGCCAAGCCCAGGGGCACCAACAGCCUUUUCUCUUGAUCUCAGCCGGCCUACCAGUCCUGAGGAAUCUUCAUCACCAGGAAAAAUGAGUUUCAUAGAACAGGGUGGUAAAGGUAUCGUGCCAGGCACUGACGCCCCAACUUCGGCCAGCAAUGGAGGUGAGAGACGCGUGUGCGUACGAUGCAUAUCAUCAGUCAUCAAUCUUCCCGUCAACACUGAUACCUCUCCUGUUGAUAUCCUCUACUCGACCGCCAACCUGACCAGCCAUGAUAUCGACCCCAAGGCAAGCGUGUUGAUCGAAUGCUACGUUGAACUUGGUCUCGAACGGCGCCUUCGCCGUUAUGAACGAAUUCGUGACGUUAUGAAUUCUUGGGAUCGUGACCAGCAGAACUCCCUUCUUGUUGUCACCAAUGAUAUCUCACAAUCCAAUGACCCUGAUCUCGAUAUGAAGUCUGUCCCACGAACCCCAACCCCUCCCCCAGGCUUCACGCUGCAAAUGUACCACUCUUCCAGGCCAGGUAAAUGGAACAAGCGAUGGAUUACCUUGCUGGAAUCUGGUCAGAUGUUUGCUUCCAAGAAGCCUGAUUCAAAGGCUUCGGAUAAAGACAGUACUGUCCUGUGUCAUUUAUCAGAUUUUGACAUUUAUACACCAAGAGAGAGUGAGGCCAGGCGUCAUUUAAAGGCCCCCCGUCGCUUUUGCUAUGCUGUUAAGAGCCAACAGAAGACAUUCGUUUUUCCAAACGGCGAGAAUUUUGUUCAUUUCUUCUGCGCUGAAGACGGAAAGCUUGCCAGGCGUUUUCUUGAACUUGUGCAACGUUGGCGAAGCUGGUAUCUUGUCAAUAAGAAGGUUGACUUUGAGAAAAAGGACAAGCCCCCGCAACUUGCCAUGCACUUAGAAAACGACACGGUUCCCAAAGCCAUUUCCAGACCGAAGAGUUCUACCACACCUAAAGGGCAUAGUACGCAGGUUUCUGUUGACGAGACGCCAUACACCAUUGGCGCUUUCCAGCCACUUCUUGAUAUGGACCGCUUUGAUAAACCCCUGGAGGAGUUCGGCAAAGAUCUAGAACAGGACAAGACAAAACAUGGGGAUCAUGAUACUGAGUUUAAAAGUGGACUCGUCCGGAAGGCGACCUGCAAACAGCCAAACGUAUUAACAUCGUCCAAAUCAAUACAUCAAAAGCGUAGGUCACCGCCAACGCCUCGAGACGAGGCGCAAUUCUCUUCUACGGGGCUUUUGGGUCAAGUAUACGAAGAGAAACGCAAAAUAGCUGAACGGGCGCCUGUCGUCAGCCUCCCUCCCACCAACGCGGCUUUCACAAAAGGAGCCUCGCUCCUGGGUCAAGGGUAUGAGCAAAAGCGCAAGAUCUCUGAGCGAGCGCCAGUCAACAAAAGUGUUGCUUCAACAAAUGCCGCUUUCACAGAGGGUCCUUCACUUCUCAACGGUGGUGUUGUCUCGCCAACGUCUCCUAAUGAGAACAUGGCAGAUUCAAAAUCAUGGUUUCCUUUGGGAACAGAUCAGUCUUCUCAGCCACGCUACCGUAGUCGAUCUGUCCGAGAUCCCAAUAGGCGUCCUACCACUUCUGAGAAGGUCCCAGAUAUGCCACAGCCGCUAGUAAAUCUUACCAACAGCUUCCCUGAGCCGCCUCGCUGGCGCGAGAACAAGGGCCAUGGUGUAAAGGCCCCAGCCGGUGGUCCCUUAAUCAGUCUCGCUACUGGGGGACCGACGAACAAUUCAUUCAACACUCGGAGUGCCUCUGGUCUUGUAGGGCAGUCUCGACCUCUGCCCUCUUCUUCGUCCAUGACGGUUGUUAGCCGUCCUCGGAGCCGGUCUAUCGCAGGAAACCAACAAUCGCCUAGCCAUGCUCCUCCUGUUCCUCCUUUGCCAAUCCGAUCGUUACGUCGAGAAAACACUGCGCCGCUCGAACAGUCUCGUGGCCGUGAUCCUCGUCCGCGAGAGCCGUUGAUUAAUCGAGCCGGGACGAUGGGCUUCUCGUCAAGGAAUUAA